UAUCCUCUCGUCCCUUUUCUCGACCAAUUUCUCCACCGCAGUGCCCCCACCGCUUCUCCCCUGCCGCGCCUCUCUUCCCCUUCCUCCCCAUGGCGCCGCCCUACUCUUCCCCUUCCUCCCCAUGGCGCUGCCCUACCCUUCCCCUUCCUCCCCAUGGCGCUGCCCUACCCUUCCCCUUCCUUCCCAUGGCGCCACCUCUCUCCUGCCCUUCUUCCUAUGGCGUCGCCCUUCUCCUCCACUUCCUCCCCAUAGUCGAUGUUGCUGAUGUGGAUGGCGGGGCCAAGGACGACGGACUGGCUGGUGUCCAGGGCGGCGUGUGCGGUGUGGCCAAGAACGACGGCCGGCACACCACGGCAUCCUCCCCAAUCGUCACGCUGCUCCCUCCCCUACCAGAUCCAAUCUCGGGUCAACGCCAUCAUACGAGACCAAAAAUGGUUGUAGAAGGAGAUGCAGCUCCUACAAGGAGAGGUUAUGGGGGUGGGGGAGCUGCUGUAAAUUUUUGCCCAUAAUUCUCAGCUGCAAUGUCACAUAUACUAUUGUGUGGAAAGAUCAAAGGAAGAAAACACCUGCAGAAUAGAUUUUUGUCUAGUUGGUAGUUAUGCUUCACAGUACCUACAACAUACUUUUCUCUUUAUUUUUUUCCUUUUUUUGCUACAUGGACAUCGGUUCUUCUGCAUUAUGUGUGAUAUAAGACUAUCUAUGUGCUCUCUCCUAUAUAAUUGCACAGUUUUUGCAUUUUGUUGC